UGAGUGUGAGGCCGCCGCUCCGAGCUGUGUGUGCCGCCGCUCCGUGCACAGACCCCGGACGGUUGUGAGGCAGAGAAGCUGCUGUGACUGUAGGUAGCGGCGGAACAGGCAUCCUAGGCCCUGGGUAAACGUUCCUUCUAAUUUGUAUCUGAAAACAGAUUAUCUACAACACUAAAUGGAUUCUGGAUUUUGGAAAAUGGCAGCAGCUAGUAUGAAAGUUGUGAAUAAUCAAAAAGGCAUAUUUGCACCAAAAAUGCUCCAGCUGAAUUGUGGCAAGUUUAUAUCAACAGAAAGACUUAAGAAGCCUACUUAUGCUGCAAUGAAUGAAGAAUCUGUUAACAUAGAACAUAAAAGUAUAACUGCCAACUGUGCAAAUGGAUUCAAACCCAUGGAACAAGGUGAAAUGAUAAAAGUUUGUGUCCGACAAAGGAAAGCAAUUUAUAGACCCUCUGUAGAUAAAUGGACUGACUUAAUGUCCAAUUCUAAGGAUUACAGAAAGAGUUCAGCACAUACAACUUCUGGUACAGAGGCCAAAAGUGUGACAAGGUUGCCUGCUGCAGUAGAAAAUCAUAGUCUCCCUGUAUUGGUUAGUGAUGAUAGUCAUACUUUUAUUCGACACAGCCCAGAAACAAGUUCUGUACUCUUUAGAAAAGAUGGAAGAAUUGGCUACAGUGCAGUAAAAAAUGAUGCUUCCAACCUUUGUAGCAAAACUAAAAUUGCUAGGAUGAAUAAUCUGAAAAAAGAAUCGCUUUUUCAAGGUAUUCAAGAUAUUUGCUGUGAAGACACCAGUCUUCAUCGUGGAAUUCCAUUUCAUUAUUCCAGUAAGAGGGUCUUAUUAAAUAAUGUUCCGCAUACUAUUGAUACUACUUACCCAUGUAAAAGAAUAAAGAUUCGUGAUGACAUAACCUCAAUGCAUAGUGUGGGGAGAAUAUGUCAGAAAAUGUUUGAUAAGCAUCAAGUGCCACAUAGACAAAUGACUACUGUACAGAGUUCGCAAAAUUACAGUGAUAAUACCAGUAAUGCUACAAGUAAGACCGCAAAUGGCAUGCAGAAAGAUAAACUUAGAAGUUUAACUUCUGAUGAGAUAAAAGGCAGGGUCGUACAUUUUAAAGAAAAAGACAAAACUGAAAGCUCUACACAGAGAAGAUUUUUGCUUAUUGACAGUCAAGGAUUGCCAUACACUGUUGUUGUAGAGGAUCCUCUAUCUAUAAGUAGUUCAAGUAACUCAACUAGUACAUCGGUGUCAGACAGUACUGUUGCUGGGGUCUCAAAAUCUUUAACUCCACGAAAAGUAUAUAAGUGUCCUGUGUGCUUCAGAAUAUUUGAGUAUCUGUCCUAUCUCCAGAGGCACAGUAUUGCUCAUUCUCAACAAAAGCCUCAUGUCUGCAAGGUCUGUGGUAAAGCAUUUAAAAGAACUUCACAUCUUACACGUCACAAGUACACUCAUUUUGGGGGAAAACCUUGUCAAUGCCAAAUUUGUGAACGCAGAUUCCGAGAUGCUAGUGAGCUUGCACGUCAUCAGCAGUGUCAUACUGAAGAAAAAAAUUACUAAUAUAUAAUGUUUUCAGUCGUCUUUCCAGAACUUGGCACUUUUCACUGUCACGUCUUUAGAGCACGUUUAAAAAAAAAAAAAAAAAGAAACAAUGUAUAUAUGAGAAAACAGACAUGAACGUGAUUUUCAUAAGUAGACAAAAUUUUGAUCCAACAUCUUCUUUAACAGAAUAGUAACAAAAAUUAUUGAUUUUAUACAGAUCACCAGUGUGUGUUUGCUCCUCUAGAGAAUAUUUUAAUCUUUGACAUAUGUUCACCCUAUUAAGUAUCAACCCAGGGGAGGAUUGAUAAUGGUCAUCUGUAGUAGAUAAUUUUAGAAAAUUAAUAACUUCUUGUUGCAAAGAUCUAAAUAGUGAUUAUUUAAGGCAUAAAAGCAUAUAUGGCAUAGUAUUGGCCAGUCACUUUGUGUAUUUCUUGUAGUGCCUUAAGCUUCCUUUUAGAGGGAAAUGGCAAAAAAUAUCUAACUCGAAAAUGUAUCCAAAAUACAGCUGUAUGGAUGUGUUCCUUAUCACAGUACAAAACUAAAUGGCAACUUUUGGCAUGGUCCCAGCAGUCCCUUACAUAAAGAUUAAAUUAUAGAGAAUGUUCUUAUAACUGCCUAUAUGGAAAACUGCAAAUGUGGUAAGUGUCAACCUAACCUAGGGACUUAUUCACAUGUUUUUGAAAGAAAUGCAUAAGCCCUCUAUACUUCCCCAAUGGAUGCCCCAUUAGUUGCUGUAUGAUAAGUAGCAGCAUGGAAAAUAUCUUCACAUAUUCAGUCUAAAAAAGAAGCCCACAGGGCUCUGCUGUAUGUGUGGACCUUGAUAUGGAUGAAGAUGACACAAUAAGUACUUUUAAAAAAAAAACGAGCCCAUAUAAUGCUCAUAUGACUAUAAUUCCAAAAACUCUACAUUUAAUUGGACAGAUAAUGUUUUACUUAAACCGGCACUGUCAUUAAAGUUUAAUUUUGAAUGUUCUUUCUUUAUUGAUAAGAAAAAUAUUUGCAAUAUCCUUUAUAUUUUUAUUUUUUGCUUUGAAUAUGUGGCCACUAUUGGUCUCCUUCCUAGUGCCGGCUGCAUUUAGUCUGUGCAUGAGACCAGACUUUGGACUCCUCCUGGCCGGGCACGAGUCCAAAGUAAGGAAGUGUGGAUGGGACAUCGGGGAUACACAGCGUUCGCGCUCUGCCCUGCCAAUCAUGCAUGGCAUAGUGUACGCUGUGUGCAACCAAUCACUGCAGGGCUGCCUCAUCUAUGCUGCACUCCUUAGUGCCAGUGCAGCAUAAAAGAGUAAGGGCAGAUGUUCACCCGGCAAGGCUUUAAAUUACGUUGCGCCUGCCUGGUAACUCCGCCUGCCGGAGCUCACACAAAGUGAGCCGAAAACAAGGGGGAAACAGGUUAUAAGAGAAUUAAAUGUAAUAAGGAGGGUGGUUAUUAUUAGAGGGGCAAUCGUUGGGGAGGAAAAAAACAUUUUUUCUUCUUAAUAACAGGUACUCUUUAACCCCUUAACGAUGCCGGACGUAAAUGUACGUCCUGGUGAGCUGAUACAUAAUGCACCAGGACAUGCAUUUACGUCCUAUACAUAACCGCAAGCAUCUCAUCGAUGCUCGGGUCAUGCGCGUCAGGUCCUGGCUGCUGAUAGCAGCCAGGGACCCGCCGGUAAUGGCUGACAUCCGCGAUCGCGCGGAUGUCUGCCAUUAACCCCUCAGAUGCUGUGAUCAAUACAGAUAACGGCAUCUGCAGCAUUGCGGACACUAAGAUGGACGAUCGGAUCGCCCGCAGCGCUGCCGUGGCGAUCCGAUCAUCCAGCACGGCAGCCGGAGGUCUCCUCACCUGCCUUUGCUGCCUUCCACGGGUCUUCUGCUCUGGUCUGCGAUAGAGCAGACCAGAGCAGAAGAUGACCGAUAAUACUGAUCAGUGCUAUGUCCUACGCAUAGCACUGAACAGUAUUAGCAAUCGAAUGGGGACUAUUAAAGUGUAAAAAUAAAAAAAAAUUUGAAAAACCCCUCCCCAAUAAAAACGUAAAUUGUCCCAUUUUCCCUAUUUCACCCCCAAAAUGUAAAAAAAAAAAUAUAUAUAUAUAUAUUUUAUAUGCAUAUUUGGUAUCGCCGCGUGCGUAAAUAUCCAAACUAUUAAUAGUAUUUUUUUGGUUUCGCCAUACAUUUUAUGGUAAAGUGAGUGGUGGCAUUACAACGGACAACUGGUCGCGCAAAAAAACAAGCCCUCAUACUAGUCUGUGGAUGAAAAUAUGAGUUAUGAUUUUUUGACGGCGAGGAGGAAAAAACCAAAAACGCAAAAAUAAAAUUGUCUGAGUCCUUAAAGGGGUACUCCGCCCCUAGACAUCUUAUCCC